CCCAUUUCCCCGCUUUCUUUGUCUUUCUUUGAGAGCUGAGGUUCUGAGCCUACCAGGCUACCGCACGGGGGCGCAAAAAUGAGACCCUUCAUUAUCGAGCAGCUCCCCGUCGACCUCCUCUACCCGAUAUUCGAGGAGCUCGACCGCAAAGACCUCCACUCUGCUACUCUUUUGUCGAAGAAGAUCAACCCGGUCGCGACGUCGAUUCUUUACCGCACGCUAGACUCGCGCACGACGCUGCAGAAUGGCAUACCGAGAGUCCUACACCCUGCGACGACCCUUCUCAAACGCCCAGAGCUGACAAAGUGCGUCCGGCACGUGAGAGAGCAAGGUUCCAUUCUAACAUACUACCCCGACACUCUGGAGGAGUCGCUCGCCGCGCUGAAGCUCUGCACCAACCUACACACCUUCUCCUGGAUCGAUGACACGUUCGCGGAAGAUACCUUCCUCUCCUUCCUUCGCGUCCUCAAGUCUCUGCCAUUGCAAGGCCUGACCAUCCGCACCUCAGGCGACCUAGGCGACACCGUGUGGGCGAAGCUUCAAGCCCUGACGGGCCUGCGCAGGAUCGCCAUCUGGUCGAUGGAGGGCCCGCCGCGCGUGCUCAAGGGCUGGGCGCAGCACCUCUCCGGGACGCUCACGCACCUCGAGCUCGGCAGGUGCGCAGGCGUCCCCGCGACGAUCCUUAUCUCCGUCUUCUGUCAGCUCCCGCUCCUGGUUGAGCUGCGCCUCAAGGGCGCCCCGCCCGCCGCGAUCCCGCUGAUCCUCUCGUACCUCCCGAACCUGCGCUCGCUCGACGUCGAGUACCUCGGCGCGGGCAAGUACCGUGCGCCCACCAAACCGCUCCCGCGCCUCCGGACGCUCGUCGUGCGUACGUCCUCGAUGGACGCGGACGGCCCGAGCCACCUCUGGCCGUGGAUCCUCGAGCUCAUCCCGCGCACCGGCCUCGAGAGCUUCACGCUGCACGCGUUCACAGUGCUCGGGGGGAGCAGCAUCCCUCUAAGCUUUGUUAUCAGCUUGCUGGAGAUACACGAGAAGACGCUCAGGCAGUUUAUGGUUGGCACGACGCACCUCCGCCUCACGGACUUGGAGCAUCUAUGCGGGCGCCUCCCGGCGCUCGAGGAUCUGGCGUGUAGCGUCGCCAGUGCGGACGCGGCCGCAAUUGGGCGCGCUGUAGCCAAGGCAGACCACCUCCGCUCGCUCAGGUUGCAGGUGCUCUGGCUGCCCAGCACGCAUAUUCAAGGGAUUGAGCCGGCGCCGAGGGGUGGUGGGUCCUCCGACGCGCCAUUUUCGUUGGACGACGCGCGGGCGAUGAUGUUACGCAGGAACUCGCAAUUGAGGUUGAUUACGAUCGGGCCCGUCGCGUACAAGGGGAUGUGGGUGCCAAAGUACGAAAGCGACGGGAAGGUGAAGUUGGAGUUCGAGAUUUCCAGGAGCCACGAUGGGUAUGGUACUUAG